CAAUCCAUUUGAGAUAAAUUUUCUGAUACUGGUUUUGGUUCAUAUAUAGGAAAUGGUUAAGGUAACUAUAGUUGGAAGGGCAAGCGAUGGAUUGCCUCUAGCACAAGGACUUAAUUAUAUGAACGAAGAGAAUGGCUAUCUUUCAUGUUACAAGCAACAAGCAGAGUUCAUACUCCAAGAAAUUUCAAGGGGAGCAUUGAUGGCUUCCAAGAUGACCAUUCGCAUUGAUCAUUACUGCUUCAACUACUUGGUCGAGAACGGAGUUAUUUUCAUUGUUUUGUGUGAGUCCACGUAUCCAAGGAAACUGGCUUUCCAUUACCUACAAGAUAUACACAAGGAGUUUGAGAAGUUUGAUAAAACCCUCAUAGAUAAAAUCACAAGGCCAUACAGCUUUGUCAAAUUCGAUGGUAUAAUUGCAAACUUUAGCAGACAAUACAUUGAUACAAGAACUCAGGCCAACCUAUCAAAACUUAAUGCUAAACGGAAACAAGAUUUAGAUAUUGCUAUUGAAGACAUGUCCAACAUUUUAGAAAAGAGGAGAAAUUCAGUUACGGAAACAAUGAGAAGGUUACAAGUUACUCAUCAACCUGUAUCCUCGGUUUGGUGUUCCCCACGCCUUGAGGUAAUUGCGUUGAAAUGGACACCUAUUAUGGUCAUUGUCAUUACUUCGAUGGCUCUUCUGUGGGCUAGCUUAGUCCUCUCAGAUGAAUUUAUUAUUUCAAGCUGGUAA